AUGGCGCGGUGGUUUUCAUUCUUUGCGGAAUACAACUUUACGGUCGAGUACAAACCAGGACGACUUAAUGUCGUCGCUGAUGCACUCUCACGUCGUCCAGACUUUGAAACAGUCGCGAAACCCAACAGUGAGACAGUCACUGUUGCAGUUAUGACGUCCGCAGUCUCAUCUUCAACGUUGCAUGAUGAUGUGAGGCGGGCAUACGCCCAAGAUGCCGUUUCUGGUGACACACCACGUGUUGUCAUUCCAGAUGAUACUGAUCUGCGUUUGCGGAUCAUGUUCGAGUAUCAAGAUGCUCCUCCAGGAGGACAUCGUGGCCGGGAGAAAACAUUUCUCACGGUGAGUCGAGACUUUUACUGGCCCCGCCAGUAUCAGUUUGUGCGAAAUCUACCGGUUACGGCUGAGUGCUGGGAAUCCAUCUCAAUGGAUUUUGUCUUCGGGUUACCCAAAGACGCACGCGGGAGUACGGGUAUUCUCGUAUUUGUUGACAGAUUCAGCAAAAUGGUACACCUAGUGGCUGUACCAGAGACAAUCACGGCAAGUGGCUGUGCUUGUGUCUUUAUUGACACCAUCUUUCGACUUCAUGGGUUGCUCCGUGAACUCGUAUCAGACAGAGAUUCACGCUUCACUGCUGAUUUCUGGCGUUCCGUGUUCAAAUCACUCGGAACGCGCUUGAAGAUGUCGACAUCUGAUCAUCCAGAGUCAGAUGGUCAGACGGAACGUGCCAAUCGUGUCCUCGAAGAGAUACUUCGAGGAUACGUACACUCCUUUAAGAGUUGGAGUGAUUUUUUGCCAAUGGUAGAGUUUGCCAUUAACAACUCGGUGCAUGCGUCCACGACACAUACACCGUUUUACGUGAAUGGCUUGCGCCAUCCGCGUGUACCCACCUUACUAGAGUGUAACUCUGGUUCAAGGGGGGGGACUCGCGCUAGCAAAAACCGAAUUGGUUCACGCUCAUCACGCUCUGACGAAGAGGUCAUUGCGUUUGAUGCCGAUAUCGAUAACAUCGAUAUUGAAGAAGAUGAUGCCAGUGAGAGUGCGGAAGCCCUCACUGAAGAAAAGAUUGAUGUUGCUGCAGUGCACUCACAGCGCACUGAAGCUAACGAGUCAUCAGAUGAGUUCAUACUGGCUCGUGAAACGGUAGUCCGUUUUGUGCAAGACUCCAUCGCCGAAGCGGUGGAUAAGCAAAAAGCAAAACGCUGA